AUGGACGAAACGGAUAUACCUGUCACUACCAACUCCAAGGUAAUCAUCCAGUGCACCGAUCCGAAUGGUCUAUUCGACCGCGUCGAGCCACGUCUCUCUGCCAGGAGCCCUCUGCGAAAUCUUCAUUGGAAAGCACCGAAUCGACCACUUCGAUCGAUCUCGAAUCUAAACAUUUCCUUGACUCGAGAGGACAAAUCAGCAGGCGCGCAGUCAAGUGUCCGCAGGCAUCAAAUCCCUGGUCUUCGCGAAACACCCUAUGUCAAGCUUCUUCUGGUACGAUGCGAUGACAAAGAAACGUACAAGGAGAAGGUCAGGAAAGAGGUCCGCCAAUGGGUCAAAUCACAAACUCCUUCGGGUGACAACAAGUCUUCGAGCAAGAGCCAGGAAGACCACGAUGCAUCUGAAUGGCUAGUUCUGCACGUGGUGCUGCCAAACACUCCGGCAGCGAGUCAAGCAAAGUCCUCGAAGCACAUCUCGUUGGAAGCGUCUGAGAGUACCGACAGCGUUAACAGCAAAUCCAAAUGGCCGGGCAAGGGCUCCUCAACCAUCUUCGACAAAUUGAGGGCCGAUUUCAACAGUUCCAAGUCUGGCAUCAGUCGCGUUGCUCAGGUCCGACUCCUCGACCCCGGCGACAAGUCCACGGCGCUCACGCCUGCGGAAUUGGAAGAGCAAUGGCAAGAUCUGGUGGACGGCCUCAAGUCGUGCAUCCUGCGUUCCUUCGAUGCUCGGGUCGCGCAAUAUGAGUCGGAUAUCCGCGAACGUGACAGCCAAAGACAUCUGCCCGGCUGGAAUUUCUGCACCUUUUUCAUUCUGAAGGAGGGUCUCGCCAAAGGGUUUGAGAAUCUUGGCUUGCUAGAGGAUGCCCUUGGCGUGUACGACGAGCUUUCCUUGGGCCUCGACGCUCUCGUCAAAGAUCAAGCUCGAGCAGAUUAUAAUGAUGACAGUGGAGCGCUGUUGUCUUUCUCGAAAGAAUCUAAAGCCCUCCUACGAGCUGCACUGGACUCCGAGAUACGGCCUGCCCAAUUCAUUGAUUUACCGAUUGACAUCAAGCAUAUUCUGAAUGCAGAUCGCGACGCUUUCCCGUUCGAUGCCGACAGGACAAACUACCAGAAGCUCAUCCUGUCGAACGAAGUAUCGGCCCUUGACCUCCGCAUUUACCUUUUCACUCGCGAGAUGGAAAUCCUGAACAGGCAAGCGCAGCCAGGGUCGACGAAAGCUUCUCAAUCUAGUAAAUCCGGCAUCAAUCCGGCGAUACAGGCUGAUUUGGUGGAACGAGCUACCCAGUUUAUCAAUCUUGCUGGGCGCACCCUUCGUUUUGAGCUCUAUCAUGCCUGGGGCGGGCAGGAAGGAUUGAGUGAAGAGGAGCUGCACAAUCAGCGUACAGUUACCGGUAAUAUCGUUUGUACCUGGCAGUGGCGAGCUGCUAUGCAAAUCCUUACCCAGGUUGUGCCAACACUCGAUAUUGACGAUGAACAUGAUACCCAGGCUCUUUCUCUGGGUGCUGCCGAGCUUUCUCGGGAUGCUGAUUCUGACCAUGGGCGUCACGCCCCUGAGUUUGCCGCGAGCUCCUCGCGAAUUUCUCUCGGACGUGAGCGUUCCCCUUCGCGCGAACAUUCUCAGGAGCGUUCCAAGAGAAAUUCAAUUCUUCCUAAUGGCACAAGCUACAAACAAUCCAUCACGACACAUCCUGGGUCCCGUCGCCUUGCUUUGUGGGUUUCAAAGCUGGUCCUAAUGGCUAGACACCUGCUAGAAAACCUCGAAGCAACCAGACCAUGGGUCACGAACAUGACACGAUUGGCUCCGAAUCUUGGCAAACAUGGCACGAGCGGUGUCCCCAAUGGCGAGGCGAAUCCCGAGAACAUGGAUGAUCAGGUUGCGCAUACUGAGCUUCUGGCAGGUUUGGAUUCGACCACUUUGAAGGCGGCAGCGUCCUCCAAAAAGACUUUUACGAGCCUCUACCUCAUCCUGUCUAUCUUCUCCUACCGUACCCUUUCUGGGACGGGUAACGGAGCUACAUCGAAGCAGAUACUAACCGACUUGGUUGGUAUGGAAUACUCGCAAGGGAAUUACGUUAUCGCAGCUCGUUACCUUCACAGUAUCAUUGGUUCACUGCCCCAGUUCUCCUACCGUGUGUCGGAAGGCUAUCUGCUGCGUAUCUAUGCCGACUGUCUGCGAAAUCUGGACAGACCGAGCGACUACGCGAAAUGUUUGAUAUCUUGCCUGCACUCCGCAAGCAAGGCUCAUAGCAAAGACUCAACGGAGUCACUAUCGACUUCGAAGCAAUAUUACAUUGACGAAUUAUUCCGGGUCUUGCCGACAAUUCCCGCCACCACACUUCCAGCGGUAUCACUAUUUCGUAUCGCUGCAGUAUCGAAGACCAUUUUCCCGUUAGAGCGCAGAGAUGGUUUCUCUACUUCAGUAGACAUAGCCUGUCUGCCUGGCGUAUGCGCUCCUUCUAUCAAGGAAAUCAAAUUGCGAUUGGUCACCAAGGAUGGCAGUGAUCCACGACAUAUUUUGCUUGCCUUGCGUGACGAGGUGGUUAUCACCGCCGCAAGCACGACUGUGACUCUGGAAACUCCUGUGACUACUCAAGGCUGGUAUGUUCCUGAUGAUCUCGAACUGUGCAUUGGCAACCUGAGGCUAUUGCAUCAUUUCAAAUUAGGCCAGGACGGUGAAGCGUCCAGGUCUGAGCAAAGUUUCGGCGCCCAUUCAGCUGUGGUGCCGCUUCUUGUCUAUCCCAGCUACCGGAGUUUUGGGGUCAAAAUGUAUCCUUUUCCGAUCGUACAUCUGGCUGAGGUACGACGACUGUUGCUCCAAGUCAGACCGGGUCGCAACAACAUCAAGCAGUGCAAACUCCGCCUGCGGACAGCUACAGCCGGGUUGAGACUCAACAUUCAUGAUUCGAAGCUAGUAGACGAGCGACGGAAGUCCGUCUGUCUGUCAACAGCACGGGAGGGCGAUGCGUUGCUGAUGAUCAUGAACGAUCUAGGCCCAGAUUCAGUCACUGACGUGGAGAUUCCCUACACCAUGGAAGUGGCUUCUGAGCCAGCCGUGACACUGCGCAUCGAAGCAAAUUAUGAGACCGACGAAGGGACGUUCACAUUCCACGAUACGCUCUUUGUCAAGGUCAUUUUACCUGUCACAGUCAAUGUGCAAGAUGUUUUCCGCAGGGACUUCAUGUACUCCAAGUUCACCGUCAGUCCCUCGACAAUGGUGCCAUUGCGUCUCAUUGGCUGCAAGCUGGAGGACAACGACUUCUGUCACCUGGUGACUGGGGGAAGUUUUGAUGAGCCAUUUGUUGUAUUUCCGAAGCAUCCCGCCAAUUGGACUGUACGGCUGAUCCCGAAGCGCAAAGACGUGAAAGGCACUGUUGGCAGAAUGACACUCGUCGUCGACUUUCAAUCUCUCGACGGCGUGAUUUUCGCCAUUCUCGAGACACACUUCGUCCAAGAGUUUCUUCGAUCAGAUUAUGCCUUUGCAGCCAGACUCUUGGCGUCGCAUUUGGUGGAGCGAGUUCGAUCGACAUGGACUGAGCAGGAUGUGGAGGUGGCUGGGUUGUUGCAGGAGUUUGAGGUAUGGAAGAUGGAGGACAUGGAAUGGCCUUCGGUCCUGUGUGCAUUUGACGGAGAUACCAGAGCCAACAUCGAAAAUUGGCUUCGAGAUUGGCAUUCUCGGACACCCCGCAUCAAGUUUUCGGCGUCAAAAGUACCUCAACGACAGCUGAAAUUGUUCGUUGACGUUCCACCGAGGCCACUCUUGGUCCUGGCGUUCUUGGACCUCAAUGACUCGGCAACGACAAGUUCCACCGCUACGGUUGGCCAGCCCAUCAUGGCUGAACUCGUUAUAACCAUGGAGGACAAAGUGGACUUCGAAUUGGAAGGAUCAUUUGAGCUUGUCGCCCCUUCUGAUUCCUGGUUGAUUGGUGGAAGACGCAAAGGGAAUGUCUGGUUGACCCAGCAGCCUACCCGCAUACAGAUUGUCUUGUUUCCGCAGCAUCUCGGACACCUUCUGAUCCCUACAGUCACAUUACGAUGUCGCAGGCGAGCUCCAAACAGUGGCAAAGACGAAUGGGUAGAUGUGACGAGCGAAUUGCACAAUCCGACCCACGGCCGAAGUGUUCUCGUUACCCCAGAUCUGCGAAGCACAACGGUGGAAAUUUUCGGGGCAAUACCAGACGAUGGCACAGGGAGAUUAAUAGCAAGCGAGAGCCGUGGAGGCGUCGGCUAA